UGUGCGCUGUGGCUGGGCUGUUGCUAAAGGGAGGAGAAAAAUCUCACGACGGAGGGCUUUUUACCUCUUUCAUUCGCAGCUUGGACCUUUGGAGGACUACACUGUUAAGCCGAGCCGUACCCGUCCUGACUGAAUUUAAUAAUUCACACCUAGCCGUCAAAUUAUUCGCGCGUCGGCUGAGCUAAACGAUGGUGAAGCCAGACAUUCACACUCUGGCCCACCACCUGAAGCAGGAGCGUCUCUAUGUGGCGUCAGAGAAGCAGCUCAUCCAGCGGCUCAACAACGAGGUGCUAAAGACAGCAGAAAGGCUCUACCGUGCAGCCUGGAUCGCCAAACAACAGAGAAUAAACCUCGACCGCCUCAUUCUCACCAGUGCCGAGGCCUCUCCUGCGGAAUGCUGCCAGCAUGCCAAGUUUCUGGAGGACACACAGUUUGUGGAUGGUUAUAAAACACUGGGCUUUCAGGAGAGCAUCUACGGGGAGUUCCUGAGCCGAUUGAGAGAGAACCCGCGAUUGGUGGCAUCCUGUCUGGUGGCAGGAGAGAGACUCAAUAAUGAGCACACACAGGGGGUCAUACACACAGUCUUCACCUCGCUCUAUGGAAACUGCAUCAUGCAGGAGGAUGAAAGCUACCUGCUGCAGGUGCUGCGUUAUUUGGUAGAGUUUGAGCUAAAGGAAAAUGACAACCCUCGUCGGCUGUUACGGCGAGGCACGUGUGCCUUCAGCAUCCUCUUCAAACUCUUCUCUGAGGGCCUGUAUUCAGCGAAACUUUUCCUCACCGCUACUCUCCACGAGCCCAUCAUGCAGCUUCUGGUGGAGGACGAGGACCAUCUAGAGACAGAUCCAGCCAAACUGAUAGAGCGCUUUACCCCAGCCCAGCAGGAGCGCCUGUUUGGGGAAAAAGGCACAGACGAGUACCGCAGAAAGGUUCAAGCAGCAGUGGAGGAAAAUGAAGCCAAGCUGGUGGCUCUUGUAAACACCUUUAUCGGCUACUUGAAGCAAAACACCUACUGCUUCCCACAAAGCCUGCGCUGGAUUGUGUCUCAGAUGUAUAAGACGCUGGCACGAGUGGAGAGGUUGGAGGUCGGGGAGGUGAAGACGAUGUGCACAGACUUACUGCUCACCUGCUUCAUCUGUCCAGCCAUCGUCAACCCUGAACAGUAUGGCAUCAUCUCAGACGCACCCAUCAAUGAGGUGGCACGCUUCAACCUAAUGCAGGUGGGGCAGUUGUUGCAGCAGUUGGCAAUGUCUGACGCAGAUGAUGGAGAUCCUCGACGUAAAAACAGUUUAUUAAAGUUUGAUAAGAUGUGUGUUGCCGCCUUUUUGGACGUGGUCAUUGAUGGAAGGGCUGUCGAGACUCCACCAAUGUCGUCAAUGAAUUUACUGGAGGGCCUCACACGGACUGUGGUUUACAUGACUCAUAAUCAGCUUUUAGCUCUGGUGGACUUUGUGCGCAGUGUUACAGCAGGCGAUCAGCUCAGAGAGGAAGAGCAUCUGGCUCUAGAAACUCUACUGGCUAAUGUUCCUCAGUCCCGCACAACAAAAAGCAACAGUCUGGAGCUCACACCCUCAAACACACCCCAGCUCUCCCCUGCUACUACACCAGCCAACAAGAAGAACCGCCUUCCCAUUGGACAACAGUUGGCAGCCAUAACAUGUUGGGAGCCCUCUGCCACUUCCCUGUCCGCUCAUAUACCCUUAGUAACCCCGUUUGCAGGCUCUCGCAGCCGAAGCCGAUCCAACAUGGCCCAGGAGGGAGAGACCGAAGCCAGUUCCCAAGAGUCUCUGCAAGAGGUCACGCCUGAGGAAGUGCUGGUCAUCUCGCUAGGAACAUCCCCACAGACCGUUCCCGGGAUGAUGUCAGAAAACGAGGUUCUGACUUUGCAUCUUGGAGAUGGAGGACAAGGAGACGCUCCUGUUGACGACACCAAAUUACAUGGCAAGCCUGACAAAACACUGCGCUUCUCACUUUGCAGUGACAACCUGGAGGGCAUUUCUGAGGGGCCGUCUAACCGCUCCAAUUCAGUUUCUUCUUUGGAUUUGGAAGUGGAGUCUGUGUCAGAAGGAGGACCAGGACCGUCUGGUAGUAACGGUGCAGAGGCCUUACAGCUACUGGAACACGAACAAGCCACUACACAGGAUAAUUUGGACGAUAAACUGCGCAAGUUUGAGAUUCGGGACAUGAUGGGCCUGACGGAUGACCGAGACAUUUCUGAGACGGUCAGUGAGACUUGGAGCACUGAUGUCCUGGGGAGUGACUUUGACCCCAACAUGGAUGAGGACCGACUGCAGGAGAUAGGGGCUGCAGCAGAGAAUGCGCUGGGCAGCAUGCUGUGUUUGCCAGUGCUUUUGGAUCCAUAUGGUUCAACCAUCUCUGAGACCACGAGCGAGGCCUGGAGUGUGGAGGUUCUGCCGAGUGACUCAGAAGCUGCAGACCUGAAGCAGGAGGAACGUUUGCAGGAACUGGAGAGCUGCUCUGGUGUGGGAAGCACUUCAGACGACACCGAGGUUCGAGAGGUCAGCUCUAGACCAAGUACUCCAGGACUCAGCGUUGUUUCAGGCAUCAGUGCCACGUCAGAGGACAUCCCUAAUAAGAUUGAAGACCUACGCUCGGAAUGCAGUUCCGAUUUUGGAGGCAAAGACUCCGUGACCAGUCCAGAUGGAGAGGACUCUGCUCAUGGAGCUCACAGUCUCUCCUGUGCACCUUCUCAAACAGAUUCACUGCUGGCCAUGUUCGAUCCCCUCUCCUCUGGAGAAGGUUCGUGCACUGGCACAAUAGUGCGACCCAAGGUACACUAUCCUCGUCCCCCUCACCCUCCGCCUGACCCACCCAUUCCAGAGGCCAGCAUAACCGGCCACAUGGAACCCCGUCCGCCCCUCUUUCCUCCCCACCUGGCACAGGGUGACCUGGAGCACCCCAAGCAGAGGCACUCUUACCCUGAGAGGCUGGUGAGGAGCCGCAGCACAGAUGUGGUGUCCGCUGGACGUAGACCUAACAGUGACCCCGGACUGAACCGCAGGACCAUGAUGGAGGAGAGAGACCCGGCUGGAGCUUACUCUACUGGGCCUACCUCUUCUCCCAGCAAGGAUUCCCUCAAAGGAGAGUCUGAGGACAGGAAGGACAGUGAUGAUGAGAAGUCUGAUAGGAACAGACCCUGGUGGAAGAAGCGCUUUGUUCCUGCCAUUCCUAAAGUGCUCUAUUGGACGGCAGAGGGUGAACUUCCAGUGCCGAUCUCCGGGCUUCGGAAGCGAGACAAGGCGGAAAAAGAUGAGCAAGGAGCAGAGAGGGUCCCACAAGAUGAGCCUUCACUGCUCAGGCAGAGCUCUAAAACCCAGUCAGCAGAGGCAAUUAUGGACAAGUACAUCAGGUACAUGGAGAAAAGACCCACCCAGGCUGACGGAGCGACUUCUGGAGCUUAUGUUGGACAAGAGUCUUGUCGAGAAGGGGACAGUGAGCAUGACUCUCCUAAAGAUGAAGCGCUGCAGAACAUCUCUGCUGAUGAUCUUCCAGACUCUGCCAGUCAGACAGCUCCACCUCAGGACAAGACCUUCUCCUUCAGUGAUAUUAAGAAGAAGCUACGCCUGGCCCUGUGCUCUGCAGAUUCGGUUGUGUUUCCCAUCAUUCCACCUGCAACAACACGCAACGGUCUUCCAGAUCAUGCAGAUCCUGAAGACAACGAGAUCGUGUGCUUUCUGAAGGUGCAGCUGGCGGAGGCCAUUAACCUGCAGGAUAAGAACCAGAUGGCACAGAUCCAGGAGACCACGCGCUGCGUCAGCCACCUCGACCCGCGCACCUGCAGAAAACUGCUCACUGCCAUGGCAGAGGACUACAGGAAGCGGGCUCCGUACAUCGCCUAUCUGACACGGUGUCGGCAGGGCCUGCAGACAUCUCAGGCUCAUCUGGAGAGACUCCUGCAGAGAGUGUUGAGAGAUAAAGAAGUGGCCAACCGCUACUUUACCACUGUCUGUGUCCGACUACUGCUGGAGCACAUGGAGUCCAAGAUGCUUGACUUCAUUAAAGCGUUUCAGGGCUGCACAGCAGCUGAUGAUAAGACAGCAGCCGUGGAGGAUUUCCUGCGUUACCUGUAUGGAGCCAUGGCCCACGAUGCCAUCUGGCAGUACGCCAGCGAGGAGCAGCUCCAGGACGCACAGAUGGCCAUCGAACGCAGCGUCAUGAACCGCAUCUUCAAACUGGCAUUCUACCCCAAUCAGGAUGGGGACAUCCACAGAGACGAGCUAUUCCAUGAGCACAUUCAGCGACUGUCCAGAGUGGUGUCGGCCAAUCAUAAAGCCCUGCAGAUCCCAGAGGUGUAUCUGAAAGAGGCUCCGUGGCCUUCAGCACAGGCUGAAAUCAAGACCAUCAAUGCCUAUAAGACCCCGCGAGAUAAAGUGCAGUGUAUUCUGCGCAUGUGCUCCACCAUUAUGAACCUGCUCAGCCUGGCCAAUGAGGAUGCUGUACCCGGCGCGGAUGACUUCGUCCCUGUGCUCGUCUUUGUUCUGAUUAAAGCAAACCCACCCUGCCUUCUGUCCACCAUUCAGUACAUCAAUAAUUUCUACGCCAGCAGGCUGAGCGGGGAGGAGUGCUAUUGGUGGAUGCAGUUCACUGCUGCCGUGGAAUUCAUUAAAACCAUCGACGAUCGCAAGUGAAGCAGAACAGCCACCUGUAUGGGCAGACUGUAGGAAGGAGAGAGAGAGAGAGGACAGCACGGACGACUACUCUUCCCUUCAUCCAGAUCUGUAUAUCUGUACAUAAAUAGAGGUGCAAACACUUAAAAAUCGAUCAAAAAUUAGACCGGUUUAACUUCAGUGCGGUGUUAAAUGAGUGAAAUCCAUGUUAGCAGGUGGCGACCUUGGCAUUCUCUACUGAUCUCGCUUAUAACCAACAUCCUUUUCUGUAGUAUUUUGGGGAGCAACCGGGGCUUAGAAUCAACUUUUUUCUAUAUUAAACGCAGAUUUAGCAAGUAAUUAGCUCUGUUGAAACGUAGCUAUCAAGCGAAAAAGGGACCAGGAACUAUAUACAGAUCAUGUGUCGGGACGCUUCUGUGUAAAUCGUGCAAUUUCACGCCCGUUCAACGCUACCAGUCACAUUUCCAGUCAUAUCGAAGAACGCAUCACCUAAAGAUGCUGCCUAUGUAUCAAUGUUACAGAUUGAAUGAAUCAUGCCAUUAUUUUAACAGGGCAGCUUGUUCUAUGAAUGUAAACAGGUGUUGUCAUUAUUGUACAUUCAUUCUUUUCCUACGUUUCCCAGACGAUUUGGAAAUAAGGGCCCACAUAUUUAUAUAAAAUAAAAUGUAUUUAUUACUUAUCUCCUGUAUUUAAUGUUUUAUUAUACUUACUGGCUGGGUUAAUGCACAUGGUUCGGUCGAGGAAUCUGACAGAGAGCUGCUAAAACAGGGUGUCUUCACAUUAGCGGAUAGAUUUGUGGAUUAGUGCCUUGCUGAUAUUUGCGCUAACACUCGUUCCUUCAGUUUUGGUGUAUUUUUCAGCACACCUUGGGUUCCUUGCGUCUUCCUGAACAUGUCAGGCCAGAUCUGUCACAUUUAAGUCUGGCUUAGCAUCGUUACGCUAUUAAUAAUAACAAUCUGGUACAUGCCAAAUUCAAACACCCUUCAAUUGGAUGCUCAGUAUGUUGAUGCUUGUUUGUCUUACAGUGUGGUCUUAUAAACCAGUCUCUCCUGUUGUCCCUGACAAUAUUGACCUUGUGUUUAAAUUCUGUGUUUGAAGUUUGGAUACUUUGGGUUUAAUCACUGUUCUUUUUAUUAUGCAGCUCCCAAGUAAAACUAUGAAUUAGAAGAACUAUUGCUGUUUCUUUUGCGGUAUACUCUCAGAUAAUUAUUAUUAUAUAUAUAUAUAUAUUAUAUAUAUUUUUUAUUUGAGAGGUACAACGUUUUACCACCCGUAAAGGAACCAGUUAUUAAAAUGCAACCUUUAGGCAUGGAAAUGGCACAGCUACUCCCUUUAAAGAUAUAAUUCACCCAAAAAUGAAAAUUUGCUAUUAAUUUACUGAUGUUACCAAAACAAAUACAUUAGAACAAGAUGAAUUUUAGGCAUAGCCGACAAACUCUACCGGCACUUUGGGUGAAAAUAUUAAAAAAAAAAACAUACAGACAAAACAAAAGAAAUGUCUUGAAGAAACCUGCUGGUCUUACGAAACGGAAUGAUUGGUCUCUACUAGAAAGUGAUCAUUAUUUACAGCACAAGCUUGUUCUUCAGCCUGUCGUGAAUGCAUUCAGGACAUUUUGUCAUAGCUGUAUAUUAAUGUAUAUCUGUAGUCUCUUUAGGUGCCAGUCAUGGCUGAGGGGGAGUUUAAAAUUUAUAAAAAAAAAUUCUUUACUCUCAAGGGGCUAGUGGAUGAGCAGGAGUAAAUAUAUCAGCAACAUUUUGUUUUUGGAUGAUCAGUCCUUUUAAAGGGAGAAGGUGAUCGCUGCAGAGCUACUUGGGGGGAGCUCACCUCCAAUGUGGGGGAGCUUGAGCACCAGCUCCUUUCUCCUGUAACUCAGCAAGCAUUUUUUGUUUUUAAAAGAGGUCUAAUAGAUGUCUAAACAUAGUCGUCUUGGCUAAAACAAGACUAAAUUAGGGCUGUCAAUGAAAAUCUAAUUAAUAGACGUCUAAGAAUAGGGCAUAACUUGACUAGUCAUCGAAUAAACAGAAAUGAAUGACUACACAUAUAAAGUCUGUCUAAUCUGUCAGUCUAUUUGAUGACUAGUCUAGCUUUGGGCUAUUUUUAGAUGUCUAUUACAUUUUCACUGACAGCCCAAGUUUAGCCUUGUUUCAGCUAAACUGUUUAGAUGUCUAUUAGACGUCUAUUAAAUACAAAGUUGUUUGCUGGGAAACUUUUAAUGCGUACACCUACCCCGCCCCUAACCCCAACCCCCAGUGACAUCACUUGUAGGAGAAGUGCAGCAAGGAGGAGCUGGAGCUCAGCUCUGCUUAUGUGAUUCUGCAGUGAGUACCACUUGUUUAAAGGUACUAUCCCAGUGAUAACCUGUUGUACGCCUAAAGAUGCAAUUUUUGCACAUUUUGUUUUCCUUCUGACAGUGUGUAUAGGUUUAAAUGGCAAAGAUCAUUUUAAAACUAUGUCAUCAUUAACAGCGCUUGAUUCUUAGUGUAUUGAUGUUGCUGAGGAGAACAUAUACAUGUGAUACAGGCUACCUCAUGUGAUAAUCCCGCUAGCGCAGAUUCUUCAUGACACUUUCUGCUUUUAAUAUCAAGUGAAUUACAGCACAAACAGGAAUAUAGAAUAUCCUCCUCGCUUAUGUGUUGUUAAACUCACCUUUAUUAGAUCAGAACUUCCCGGUAACCCGGGAGUAGAAGUAGGGCAAAAAGAACUGUAGCCCUAAUAUUUAGUUGUGCUUGUCCGCAGUUUUUCUCCUUUAAUGUCGUUUAAUGUCACUCCUAAAGAUGUGCAAACAUCUGAAAAAAACGCAAACUGGAUCGUGGUCCUAAAAAUAGUAGAUGCACUUAGAACAAAUUAGUUCUACCUCCAACUAUGUACAUAAAGGGAUGAAUCAAAUGUUGUAAUGCAUUAGCUUUUAUAGCCUUUAGAGCUCUGUAUAUACUUCCCCCUCAUAUUUUCUUCUGAUUUGAACGAUGCAUGAACUCGAUAUUGCCGUAUAUUUCUCAUUUGCACAAACUGUAAGAAAGAGCAUCAGCUAUAAGACUCUUAAUUUGCAGUGCACUUUGAAACAACACUGAUAUUCUGUAUAAUAUAACAGUUAUAUUCUAUAUAACAGAGCUUUUAUAUUCUAUAUAAGUGUUAUUGCGGAGUAUCUUUGUUCGUACUUCUAAUAUUCCAAUAUAUUUUAGAAAGGAAUACUUCAAACUGGCCUUUUCUCUAAUGUUUCUCUAAUGUGGAAUCAGGUUUGCAGUGCUUGAUUUUUGUUUUAUUCAGUUUUUUUCUAGCUAGAUGGCUCUCUUCAUAUUGGUGAGAUUAGUUGCCAAAGUAAAAUCGAAGACUAUUUUCAAAACAUGUACUUUUACUGAGAUUUUUUUUGUUGUUGUGCUAUUUAAAACAUGCACCUUGAGGGUUGUAUAGCCUUUGACAAACAUUUGAUGUUGACCAUAUCUGAAUUUCUUUCUGUAUUCUUGAAAAAAAAUGGCUGUUUUGGCAUUCAGCAUUUAACCUAAAGAGAUAUGGCGACGGCUUCACUAUGCUCAAUAUUCUAACCCAAAAGACUAAUAGCUAAAAUCUUGUAGUCUUUUACAAGCACAGACAUCAUUAAACUGAUAAAAUAAACUGGUGUUCUACUCUACAUCCUGGUUUAGCUAAACGUGAUUAACUGGUGUAAACAGGGUUUUACUGUACUGAACUGGCUUAGUAUUUACACACUAUGUUGACUAAGAGCAAGGUGUUUCACUCAAUGUGUUUAAGAGCUUUAUAAUCCCUACCGUACCAUGUUGGUCCACUAUUUUGAAGAGCAUGCAAAAAGAAUUAUGGGUAAUGGCUUGCAUUUGUGAGCUUUACUCACUUGGGGCUCCUGUUGGGAAGGCAUUCUGUGUGUUAUGUGAUUUAAUAUAAACCUGUACAUAAUUCUUUAAAAAAAUGAUUAAAGACUUUUUCCGUGAAAAAA